AACGUUUCCUAUUAUCGUUCUUUUUGUCUCUCCAAUCAAUAAUCAACAAUCACCGAGGGAGGCAACGUUCAACUCCUCCCUCCAUCUCUUCUUCUUUUCUUAAUUCAUCACCAGAACCCUGUUGAAUUUCUUUCUCCUACUUUGCAUAAAGCAAGAUUAAAUUAAUACAAACAUGAUGAAAUAAUAAUUAUAAGCACCACUAUAAAAAAGGGACACGUUUUUCAAGAGGGUUUUCGCUUUUGGAGGAAUUACGCAAAUAUAUAAUAACAAUAUUGUUUAUGUUUAUGAUCAUCAUUGAUUAUUGUUGUAUCAUAUAUAGAGGGACGUUAUCAUUGGUGGGUUUUAUACGUAGAAUGAGAACGGGUAAGUGGGCAAAAAGCAUGGGAAGGAUUUCAAGGAUUGGAAGUUUUGCAAUUGCUUCUUCCUUAAACGAUACUAAUCCGCCACAACCUUGCAUUACUUGCACCACUUUUAACAUUCUUGCUCCUAUUUACAAACGAAUCAAUGAUGAGGACCCAACUUGUCGAGAGAGUGACUAUAGAGCAUAUUGGUUGGCAAGGAAUCAUAGGAUAUUGGAUUGGCUUUUGAAUGAAAAGUCUUCUAUUAUUUGUCUUCAGGAGUUUUGGGUAGGAAACGAAGAGCUUGUUAAUUUGUAUGAAAAGAGACUUGGAGAUGCCGGUUAUGUCAGUUUCAAACUUGGAAGGACUAACAACCGUGGAGAUGGUCUUUUAAUAGCAGUGCAAACGGAAUACUUUAACAUUUUCAAUUAUAAGGAGUUGCACUUCAACGAUAUUGGUGAUCGUGUAGCUCAACUGUUACAUGUUGAACUAGUCUUUCCAUUUUCAAAAUGGCGAAACGGUGAAAUUAGGCAGGAAAUUCUUAUUGUUAACACCCACCUUCUAUUUCCUCAUGAUGCAACACUAUCUCUUGUACGAUUGAAACAGGUCUAUAAGAUACUUCAAUAUGUAGAAUCUUAUCAAAAUGAUUUCCAACUCAAGCCAAUGCCAAUCAUGCUAUGCGGUUUAUUUCUCAGUGACUGGAAUGGAAGCAAGCGUGGACAUGUUUACAAGUUCUUGAGGUCCCAGGGUUUUGUAUCGUCUUACGAUACUGCACAUCAAUACACUGAUGCAGAUGCUGACAAGUGGGUUAGUCAUCGCAACCAUCGGGGAAAUAUAUGUGCUGUUGAUUUUAUUUGGCUUCUAAAUCCUGACAAAUAUCGAAAAUUACUAAAAGCCAGUUGGAGUGAAGCAGUAUUUGGCAUGUUCAAGGAUCUAUUGAGGCGAGCUUCACUGACAGAAAGUGAUGCAUUCGCAUUUCUAAGGGCCGAUAAUGAAGAUUGUAUUACGUAUUCUGGUUUCUGUGAAGCACUUCGACAGCUCAAUUUAAUUGGUCAUUCUCAUGAGUUGAAUGAGGAAGAGAUAAAGGAGUUGUGGGUCCAAGCUGACAUAGAUGGAAAUGGUGUUCUUGACUAUAAAGAAUUUCUGCAGCAAAUAUGGAUUUCAAGUGGUUUAGAUCAAAGAGACGACAACAAGAAUAAGGAGCAGGACGAUGGUUCAAAUGAUGUUCAAGAACAAACAAUUGGUUUUAGUGUAAAAAAUGCAGUUUUGUUCCCUCCUGAGGUGGAGAAAGGUAGAUGGCCGGAAGACUACUCCCUUUCUGAUCAUGCUCGACUUACUGUUGUGUUUUCACCGAUAAGAAUGCCGUGCUCCCAGAUGAUUUGCUGACACAAUGCUUUUUGGUGCUCUAGCUUAGGAGUUAAUUAGAAUCAUAACUUGUGUACAUAGAUAUCACAUCACAUGAAAGGGUGAAACAGUGGAAUGAGUCAGGAAAGAUACACUACAAGAGUUCUUUUCUUGGGAGAUUUUAAACACCCUGCGAUCACUGAAUUAAGUUGUUGAUGGCAUAUGAGCAACACUCUGGCUCAAAAAAGAAAAGAUUUGUAUAUAUAGUUGUUUUGUUGUUAUAGGUUUCUUAGGCAUCAAUCCUUUUUGUAGCAGGGUAAGAUGCACCUCUAGAUAGAGCUUCUUUGAAUAGAUCAGUGUUCAGACACAUUGUAUAUCUUGUAACAUAUUUGCUCUUGAUAGAGUAUGCAAAUUCAAAUUGUAUAAAGUUAAAU